GCGGUGGGAGAGAACUCUCACGACAUUUCACAACCUUUUAGUUAGUAGUCUGGACCGGUGUGCUGAUGAUUUGACCUACAUUCAGGAGCAGCUCCCAGCAAAUCGGUUGGUUGGGGCAACUGGGCUGGGUUGAUUUUGUCCAAUCGCAAAAUGAGAAACGCUUGACAGGCUCCCGGUCAGACAAAUUGCUGAGCUUCUGCAGAAAACUCACACGCCCCCUAGUGGGCGGCGCUUAAAUGGCAGCAGCUCUCUCCAACAUGGAGUCCAGAAACUAGCCCUGUUCACUCCACAUCUUACACGUUUCUCUUGGGGUCCGUAUUAUCCCAAGGGCCUUAUUAUUUAAAGCUUCUCCGCAGAUGCCAGCCUGCUAUAAUCGCUUAUCCAUAUACAGCUUGAACUUUGCAAAGUCCUCACUACUUGACAGCCGCGGCGCUGGUCGCGCUAAACUGCCGCAACACUUCAGAAAACUCCAGAUUUCCACCAAAACGCAACAUUGUGGACUUUUCCGGCGCUUUCAACGGCGGGAGGACGUGGCUUGAAAGCUUCGGGGGAAAGUUACAGAGUAGCAAAGCGAGCCGUGCAGCGGCGAUUUUUUGGGUGAAAGGUGACGCCGCGUCAGAUUAUUGACUCAUAGAAUGCACAAUGCAGCGAGUGUGUCAGCCUCUCUGGGGUCUGUGGGCCUGCUACGUCUGGUUGGGGUGUCCUGGUCCUGGACUCUGGCUGCAGGCCUAGGGGUAUAUCUGGGCACCAGGAGCUGGAAGUACUUCUACAUUGCAGCGCGCACCGCCAAGAGAGACCUCAAUGGCCUUUAUGUGCUGCUGAGGGUGAAGCUGGCUUUGUGGCGUUACAUGCGCAGUGGAAGCAAUAUUCCGUCCAUUUUCGCCCAGACAGUAAAACGCCACCCAAAUAAACCGGCGCUGAUCUAUGAGGCCACAGGGGAAACGUGGACCUACACCCAGCUGGACGAGAUCUCUAAUGCAGUAGCUCAUUGGGCGAGAGGUCAAGGAUGGGUCUCUGGGGAUGUGGUGGCCCUCUUCUUGGAAAGCAGGCCGUUACAUGUGGCGCUGUGGCUGGGCUUGGCCAAAGUUGGGGUAGAAGCUGCUCUUAUUAACUUCAGCCUCCGCUGUGAUCCUCUUCUGCACUGCAUUGGGGUAUCAGAGUCACGGGCGAUAGUGUUCGGAGCUGAGCUAGCUGAUGCCAUGUUGGAGGUCAAUUCAUCCAUCAGCCAGUCCAUGGUACGGUUCUGUACAGGAGACCUCAGUGCAGAACGGCUGGCAGCUCUGGGUGCUCAACCUCUGGAUCCACUUUUAGCCACUGCAUCGAGGCACCCACCUUCACCCUGUGUGCCCCCAAAAGGCAUGAACGACCGCCUGUUUUAUAUUUACACCUCUGGAACCACAGGACUUCCCAAAGCUGCCAUUGUGGUUCACAGUCGCUAUUACAGAAUUGCUGCCUUUGGGUACUUUGCCUUUCGCAUGCAUCCUGAUGAUGUGAUCUAUGACUGCCUGCCCCUGUAUCACUCAGCAGGUAACAUCAUUGGAGUCGGUCAGUGCCUUAUCCAUGGUCUCACUGUGGUGGUGAAAAGGAAAUUCUCUGCCAGCCGCUUCUGGGAAGAUUGCAUUAAGCACAACUGCACUGUGGUGCAGUAUAUUGGGGAAAUCUGCCGGUACCUCCUGUCACAACCAGUCCGACCGUCUGAGAAGGGCCACAAAGUUCGCCUGGCAGUGGGGAACGGACUGCGCCCCAGUGUGUGGGAAGCCUUCACAGAGCGAUUUGGGGUGGGGCAGAUCGGAGAGUUUUAUGGAGCAACCGAGUGCAACUGCAGCAUUGCCAACAUGGAUGGCAAGGUGGGAGCCUGUGGAUUCAACAGUCGCAUUUUACCCAACGUGUACCCCAUCCGACUGGUGAAGGUAAAUGAGGACACCAUGGAACUUAUCCGGGACAGCCGCGGUCUCUGUGUGCCUUGCCGCCCUGGGGAACCGGGCCUUCUGGUAGGUCGAAUAAACCAAAAGGACCCAUUACGACGCUUUGAUGGCUAUGCCAACCAGGACGCUACAAAGAAGAAGAUUGUUCACAAUGUUUUCAGGAAAAAUGAUACGGCAUAUUUAUCAGGAGAUGUACUAGUGAUGGAUGAGCUGGGCUACAUGUACUUCCGUGACCGCAGUGGGGACACCUUCCGAUGGCGAGGGGAAAAUGUCUCUACCACUGAGGUGGAGGGCAUCCUCAGCAAUGUUCUGGAUCAAACCGACGUGGCUGUGUACGGUGUGGCAGUGCCAGGUGUGGAAGGCAAAGCAGGGAUGGCCGCCAUCGCAGAUGCUACGGGGAAGUUUGACUGCGGCGGUUUCUUGCAGAAGAUUCAGCGAUUGCUUCCUUCUUAUGCCCGCCCAGUGUUCCUGCGAAUCUCCCCACAGGUCGACACCACAGGUACAUUUAAAAUCCAAAAGACCAGACUGCAGAGGGAAGGAUUUGACCCACGCCUCACAACGGACCAGAUCUUCUUCUUGAACGGUCGAGCUGGCCGCUACGAGCCAGUGGACGAGGAGCUUUACUGCUCCAUAGUGGAGGGAAGACUGUCUCUAUGACGUGUGGGGCCAUAGCAGUGCGGUCCAAGUGCCUCGGUCAGACAGGUUAAUCAGGUGCUAGAAGGAAACACGUUGAGGUUUGCACACAGCAAUGUCUGAUUCAUUCCGUUUUGGUGCAACACACUUUUUUUUUUUUGGCUUUUCAGCAUUCAGGAAACAGAGUUUAGAAGUCCAUUUGCAUAGAGUACUGUUACCACAUGAGUUUGAACACUGUAUAAGUUACACACUAGGAAAUAAUGUGAGGGCAUUUUGCUCUUUGUGACAGCUACUUUUUAAUCACAAAAUGAACAUUUCGAGGCACUUUUUGAGCAUCAUCGUACAUUUCUUCCACAGCUAAUUUGAAGUAGGAUACAUGUUACAUUAAUGGUGUUAGAUUAUAACUUGUAGUAUUAAGUGAAACUUUGUCAUAGGGCAUUUACCCAUCUAGGAAAUGCUAAAUGCUGCUAGGUUUUACUGUGUAGGUUUAACUAUUACUAUUGUUACUCUACCAUGUUUGAAUGAGGUUGAAAUACCUGAUUUUUAACAUGCAGUAUGAAUGCCUACAAGUUCAAAACCAUACUAACCUUGACAUAGCUAUAAAAUCUGUAGUGAUUUUUAUUUUAUUUUUUUAAUGCAGUGAAUAUCUAAACCUCCUCGACAGGCUUGACCCUCCGAACAACACAGGUUAUUAUAGGAUGUGCCUUUUAUUAAACUUUAGAUCCAUUUCACGUUUUGUGCUUUUAAUGAAAAGUAUUUUUAAAUUAAUUGUGGUCUUUGUCAGCAGAGAAGCUAAGUCGCACAUUUUGACUGUUUUUAUGUAACAAAUCUCAUCAUUGUGAUAUUAUAUAAGUGUUGGGGGGUUUUGUGACGUGCAACCCCAAAUCUUAGUUUUGCUGUAACUCAAAUAAACAAUUCCAACAUG